AUGUCGGAGAUUCUGGAAGAUUAUAAAAAGAGAAAAUUAGAUUGGAAAAUAAAGUUUAAUUCUGAACCUCCUCUCAGUUAUGUAAGGCGACAUGUGGACUUAUUGAAAGAGAUUUUGUUUUGUGUGGAGAUUCCUUGGCCUUUGCUGCGGUUGUGGAACAACCUUCAAGAAAAUACAUCCGGGCAAAAUAUAAAUUACGUUGAUUUACUCAAUUCAACCGUGACGGAUGCUUGCUUUAUUGUAAAGAGUGAUCGAAUUGAGGAGUUACUUUGCAUGCAGUCAGCAGCUGUAACCGUUGCCUAUAAACAUACGACAGGUAGGAAAAGGGGACUGCUAAAAGACAAGGUAUAUAAACUUAGUAUCAAGAGAGGUGAAAUAGAGUCAAUUGAGCAAAUUAAAUCUGAAAUAAGUAAACGCAAAGAUGAGCUGGAAGUCUACAAAAAGAAAUGUAGUGAUUUGGAAGAAGAGAUUAAGUAA